UUCCAAUCCCCUCCAAUUCAUGUUAUUCAGGUGUUCCAAUCCCCUCCAAAUCAUGUGAUUCAGGUGUUCAAAUCCCCUCCAUGGACACAUGUGUAUACAAUCAAGCCCCUAGGCAUGCAGACUGCUUCUACAAACAUUGGUGAAAGAAUGGGUCGGUCUCAGGAGCUCAGUGUCUCCAAGCGUGGUCCCGUGAUAGGUGGCCACCUGGGCAAUAAGUCCAUCCGUGACAUUUCCUGGCUACUAAAUAUUCCACGCUCAACUGUUAGUGGGAUUAUAACAAAGUGGAAGCAACUGGGAACAACAGCCACUCAGCCA